GACCCGGUGCUGUUUUCUGGUUCUCUGAGGUUGAACCUGGACCCCUUUGAAACCUGCUCAGAUGAGGAUCUAUGGAAAGCUCUGGAACUGGCUCAUCUCAGCAGCUUCGUAUCUGCACUACCACAGAAACUGAACCAUCAGUGCUGUGAAGGAGGAGAGAACCUCAGCCUUGGCCAGCGGCAGUUGCUGUGUUUGGCCAGAGCUCUACUGAGGAAGACCAGGAUCCUAGUUUUAGAUGAAGCCACAGCAGCUGUGGACCUGAAGACAGACCAGCUGAUCCAGUCCACUAUACGCUCUCAGUUUGAUGACUGUACAGUCCUAACCAUCGCUCACCGCCUCAACACCAUCAUGGACUAG